CACACGCCCGCCAGCGUCACUCGCAGUCACCGCGCCGCCCAGCCUGCUUCCUCUCCACCCCACCUCACCCAUGCACACACACCCCGCCAUGGUCAUCGUCAUCCACGCGCGCCGCAUCUAAGGCGCACCUGCGCGCAAGCGUCUGGAGAGAAGAGAGUGUGUCGGUGUCGGUGCUGUGUGCUAUCCGCAUCCCGCCCUGCACCCUCGCGCCACCGCCAAGGGCUGCACCUCCGCAAUCCCCUUCGCACCUCCGCAGCCAUCUCCUGCUCUCGCCAGCCACCCGCGCCUCUGCGCGCCUCUCGGUCUUCCUCGUCUACGGUCCUCUUCGCUCCUGAUCACCGGCCUCCGCUCUCGCGGCGCACUUAGCUGCUGCGCCUGAGAGCAUACACACACACCCCGCACCAUGGCCUCGCCUUCUGUCUCGCGUCCGCCGACCAGCAUCGGCAAGCGCUCGCGCAGCAACAGCAGCAGCAGCAUGGCCAGCAUGGCCAGCAGCAGCAGCAGCAUCAGCAGCUGUGCAGACGACCACUCGCCUGCAUCGCUCGACGAUGCCGCCGCCGCCGCCCACGCCACUCCCUCCACCUCAUUCGACUCUUCUUCCUCCUCUCCCGCAUCGACGUGCGACUCGCCCGGCCUCGCGCCUCGCAAGGCGCGCCGUGCCUGCCGCGCGGCCAUGGCGCCGUGCAGCAGUGGCGCGCGUUCCGACGACGCCGUCUCUGGCCCGCCGCCACCGCCGCUGCCGGCGUCGCUCGGCAAUCCCGACUCGGAGGACGAGGCCGUGUCGUCGCUCGGCGACACCGUCGAGGCGCUGCACUUCGCCGGUGGCGCCGCGGCUGCGGCUGCUGCGCCGUCGCUGGCGCGCGGCGGCUUCGUCGACUGCCUUGUCGAUGUGGCGGUGACAACGCUCGACUCCAUCUGGUCUGCGCCUCUGAACGCCGGCGACGCCAGUGCUUCGCUGCGCGACGCCACCUGCCCCGACGCCACCGGCCCGAACCACGGCGGCGCGCUGCCGCUGCGCCUCUUCAUCCGUGAGACGCUGCGUCGCAGCCGCACGUCGUGCUCGACGCUGCAGGCGGCGCUGCUGUACUGUGUGCGCGCGCGGCCGGCCGUGCUGCACGCUCGUCGUGUCGCCGCCGGCCUGCCGAGCGAGGCGCCUGCUGCUGCCUGGCCUGGCCUGUCGUCCGACUCUGCCGACGUUGGCCCUUCUCCUCUCCUCUGUGCACGCCGCAUGUUCCUCGCCGCCACGCUCCUCGCCAGCAAGUUCCUGCAGGACCGCAGCUACUCGAACCGCGCCUGGGCACGCAUCAGCGGCCUGCCGCUGCGCGAGCUGGGCGCCGUCGAGCGUGCCUUUCUGCAGGCCGUCGGCUACCGUCUCGACGUUGGUGUGGCCGAGUGGCGGCGCUGGAGCGCCAGUCUCGCCGGCGUUGCUGCGCGCGAGGCUCUCGGUCCCCACCUCGCCCUCGCCACGCAAGCGACACUUGCCGCCUCGCCCACGCCGCUGCCCGUCGUGGCGGCGCUGGCCGAACGGCGUCGCUCGCUGGCGCGCAGCACCUCGGACGUCGUCUCGCUCGCCGCGGCGCCGUUCGACACUGCGCUGCCCGGCGCGGGCGUCACGCCGCCGGCGCCUUUCCCGCUCGCACGUCCUCGCGCCUCGCCGUUUGGCCAGUCUCGCAACGGCGGUGGCGCCAUGAGCUUUGCGCAUGCGCCACUGCCCGCUGCGCAUGCCCUGCCAAUGGGCCUCGGCACGCCAAAGGCAAUGAUGCCUCGCAGUCGUGCACCCGCACACCGCACCCACACGUCUGGCCGCGCCUCGUCGGGCCGGCACCGCUAGAGCUUCCAUUCCCGUCGUCGUCGUUCCCGUCUCGCUAUCUGUACCACCACCCUACAUCCAUCAUCGUUGCCCCUCCGUCCCCUCGUACGUCGUCUGUUGCCCAUCUAUUUCCCUCUCCUGCCCCACUCCCACACCAUCGCUGUCCGCCUCGUCACUGUCUCUCUCGCCACACUCCCUCUCCUACACCGUUGCUCCCCAUCCCGUUGCCCAACCCUCUUCGUCUGCCCUGUUUCCCGUAUAGCAAAGAAAUCAACACACAUCAUCUUUGCG